UGAGGGACACGCACGAACACGCGCACACCGAGGAGGGUGCAAAAGAAAAAAUCCCCACAACAAAUUGACAGUGUGGCUUUUUUGUCUCCACAAGUGUCGCCGUAAUGUCCACCAAGGCAGAACAGUUUGCUUCUAAGAUACGAUACUUGCAAGAGUAUCACAACCGUGUGCAACACAAUAUUUAUCCCGUGCCCUCUGGAACUGACAUUGCAAACACACUGAAAUACUUUUCCCAAACCCUGCUCAGCAUUCUGUCCCGCACAGGCAGGAAGGAGAACCAGGAAGCUUCCCAUUUGGCCGUGCCCAUGACCAUGUGUCUUUUUCCUGUGCCAUUCCCACUCACCCCAUCUCUAAGACCACAAGUCAGUUCCAUCAACCCUACAGUUACUCGCUCCCUCCUUUACAGCGUUCUGCGCGAUGCCCCGUCAGACCGCGGGGGGCAGGGGCAGCAGAGUCGGGACGCUCAGCUCUCAGAGUACCCCUCUCUGGACUAUCAGGGCCUCUAUGUGACCCUCGUGACCCUGCUUGACCUGGUGCCCCUGCUGCAGCACGGUCAGCAUGAUCUGGGCCAGUCCAUAUUUUACACAACAACUUGCCUUCUGCCCUUUCUCAGUGACGAUAUUCUCAGCACUUUGCCCUAUACUAUGAUCUCCACUUUAGCCACAUUUCCCCCUUUCCUCCACAAAGACAUCAUUGAGUACCUCAGCACCUCUUUCCUCCCCAUGGCCAUAUUAGGGUCCACUCGGAGGGAGGGGGGAGUUCCUGCCUAUGUUAAUUUGUCUGCUUCGUCAAUGCUGAUGAUUGCAAUGCAGUACACGACAAAUCCAGUGUAUCACUGUCAGUUGCUGGAGUGUCUAAUGAAGCACAAACAGGAAGUGUGGAAGGACCUUCUGUACGUCAUAUCCUAUGGACCAUCCCAAGUCAAGCCUCCAGCAGUGCAGAUGCUCUUUCAUUACUGGCCCAACCUAAAGCCACCUGGAGCCAUCAGUGAAUACAGAGGGCUGCAGUACACUGCUUGGAACCCCAUUCACUGUCAACAUAUUGAGUGCCACAAUGCCAUCAAUAAACCUGCUGUCAAGAUGUGUAUAGAUCCCACUCUUUCUGUUGCCCUGGGAGACAAGCCACCUCCUCUUUACAUAUGCGAGGAGUGCAGCCAGCGAAUAGCCGGAGACCACGCUGAAUGGCUUGUUGACGUGCUUUUGCCUCAAGCUGAAAUAUCAGCCAUUUGCCAAAAGAAGAACUGUAGCUCCCACGUCAGAAGGGCUGUGGUCACCUGCUUCUCGGCUGGUUGCUGUGGGCGCCAUGGCAACCGGCCUGUCCGCUACUGCAAGCGUUGCCAUGUCAACCACCACAGCAGCGAGGUGGGGGCUGCUGCGGAGACCCAUCUGUACCAGACUUCUCCACCUCCGAUCAACACGCGGGAGUGCGGGGCAGAGGAGCUCGUAUGCACUGUGGAAGCUGUCAUAAGUCUGCUCAAGGAGGCGGAAAUUCAUGCUGAACAACGCGAGUUUGAGCUGAACAGACGUCGUCAGAUGGGAUUGUCCUCCUCUCACCACUCUCUGGACAACAUAGAGUUUGAUAACAAGGAGGAUGACCAGCACGACCAGCGCCUCCUCAGUCAGUUUGGCAUCUGGUUUCUGGUGAGCCUGUGUACCCCCAAUGAGAACACGCCAACGGAGAGUCUGGCCCGGCUGGUCAGUAUGGUCUUCCAGUGGUUUCACUCCACCGCCUACAUGAUGGAUGACGAGGUCGGAAGUCUGGUGGAGAAGCUGAAGCCCCAGUUUGUUACCAAAUGGUUGAAGACGGUGUGCGAAGUGCGCUUUGACGUGAUGGUCAUGUGUCUUCUGCCCAAGCCUGUCGAGUUUGCCAGGGUUGGAGGUUUUUGGGACAAGUCCUGUAGCACAGUGACACAGCUGAAGGAGGGUCUGAACCGCAUCCUGUGUUUGAUCCCUUACAACGUCAUCAGCCAACCACUAUGGGAGUGCUUCAUGCCGGAGUGGUUGGAGGCCAUCCGCACAGAGGUGCCCGACCACCAACUUAAAGAGUUCCGGGAAGUCCUCAGCAAGAUGUUUGACAUUGAGCUGUGCCCCCUUCCCUUCUCCAUGGAAGAAAUGUUUGGCUUCAUCAGUUGCAGAUUCUCUGGCUACCCAGCAUCUGUGCAAGAGCAGGCUUUGCUCUGGUUGCAUGUGCUAUCAGAGCUGGAUAUCGUGGUGCCUGUCCAGCUGCUCAUUGGGAUGUUCUCGGAUGGUGUGAACUCUUUGAAGGAGCUGGCCAAUCAGAGAAAGUCACGUGUUUCCGAUCUGACUGGAAACACCGGAGCUCGUCGGGUGAGUGUGGUGUCAGAUCCAGGGCGUCGUGGGCAGCACAACACCCUCAGCCCCUUCCCAAGUCCAUUCAGGAGCCCGUUCCGCAGUCCACUACGCUGCAGUCCGUUUAAAAACUUGGGCCAUGCAGCAGGCCACUGUGCCUUAGAUUUAGACUGUGAGGACGACGACAUGAACCUUGGCUGCUUCAUCCUCAUGUUCGACCUCAUCCUAAAACAGAUGGAGCUGCAGGAUGAUGGCGUGAUGCUCGGCCUCGACACCAGCCACGGGAAAGAUAUCGUGGGGAUCAUAAACAAUGUCUUCCAGGCCCCGUGGGGGGGUUCGCACACCUGCCGGAAGGAUGAAAAGGCCCUGGAGUGCAGCCUUUGCCAAUCCAGCAUCCUGUGUUACCAGCUGAGCUGCGAGCUCUUGGAGAGGCUGACCCCCCGGGAGGAGAUUCGCCUGGUGGAACCGACAGAUAGUUUAGAGGAAACCUUACUAGUGCCUCAGACAGAUUUUUCCCUCGGGGCGGAGAACGGAAGCGAGGAAGGAGACAACCCGGGGGUAGCACACACUGACAACCCCACCAACCACUCUUUUGAUGAUGCACCUAUGAAAAAUAACUCAGACAAGAGGUUCUCCUACCAGCAGCUUCCUGUGUCUUUGAAACUCAUAUACACCGUCCUGCAGGAAAUGUCCAAAUUUGAAGAGCCUGACAUCUUGUUCAACAUGUUGAACUGCCUGAGGAUCCUGUGUCUGCAUGGGGAGUGUUUGUACCUUGCCCGUAAGGACCACCCCCAGUUUCUGGCUUACAUCCAGGAGAAGAUGCUCAUCCCAAGUCUGUGGUCGAUGUUGAAGUCGGAGUUUUGUCAGCUGGCCUCACUAGCAGUGCCACAGCUCCUCCACGCCCUCUCUCUGUCCCAUGGAGCAGAUAUCUUCUGGAACCUCAUCAAUACACACUUCAACAGCAAAGACUGGAAAAUACGAUUUGAAGCAGUGGAGAAGGUGGCAGUGCUCUGUCGCUUCCUGGACAUCGGUGCCGUAACUAAAAACCACCUUCUGAAGUACUCCCUGGCACAUGCCUUCUGCUGUUUCCUGGCUUCGGUGGAGGACGUCAAUCCAGCCGUGGCCACCCGGGCUAGACUGUUGCUGGACACCAUCAAGAGGCCUGCCCUGCAGGGUUUGUGCCUCUGCCUGGAUUUCCAGUUUGACACUGUAGUGAGGGAUCGUCCCGUCAUCCUCAGCAAACUCCUGCUGCUUCACUUCCUGAAGAAAGACGUACCUGCUCUCAGCUGGGAGUUUUUUGUUAACCGCUUUGAAACAUUAUCACUGGAGGCUCAGCUGCACCUGGACUGCAAUAAGGACUUCCCUUUCCCUACUACCAUCACAGCAGUGCGAACCAACGUGGCCAACCUCAGCGAUGCAGCAAUGUGGAAAAUACGACGGGCACGCUUUGCCAGGAACUGCCAGAGGAGCGUGCGGUCGCUCCGUGACAGCGUGAAGGGCGGCCCAGCAGAAUCAAAACGGGCCUUCUCACUCCCUGAGUCGCUGAGCAACCGUCUCUCUCUAAGGCUUACCAGGCAGGAACACUCUGCCCCAACACUUGGAGAUAUGAUAGAAAAAGUCCUACCAGGCUCGCUUGCAGCCCAGACACCAUGUUCUGAAGAUGACAGUAUCAUCAGGGACCUUCUUCCUGAGGACGCCGGCAUAGACCACCAAACUGUCCACCAGCUCAUCAUGGUGCUCAUGAAAUUCAUGGCCAAAGACAAGAGCAGCGCUGAAGCAGACAUCGGCAGCGCCAAGGCCUUCAACACGGUGAAGCGUCACCUGUAUGUGCUGCUGGGUUACGACCAACAGGAGGGCUGCUUUAUGAUUGCGCCUCAAAAGAUGCGCACCUCCACGUGCUUUAACGCCUUCAUUGCUGGCAUUGCACAGGUCAUGGACUAUAACAUCGGUUUAGGGAAGCAGCUGCUGCCCCUGGUGGUCCAGGUCUUAAAGUACUGCACUUGUCCUCAGCUGAGACACUAUUUCCAGCAGCCACCUCGAUGCUCUCUUUGGGCGCUGAGGCCACACAUCAGGCAGAUGUGGCUCAAAGCCCUGCUGGUCAUCCUCUACAAGUACCCUUACAGAGAAAUGGACGGAAGUAAAGUUGUACUCCACCUGAUCCACAUUACCAUCAACACCCUGAAUGCCCAGUAUCACAGCUGUCGUCCACACGCCACGGCCGGUCCUCUCUACAGCGACAACUCCAACAUGAGCCGCUACAGUGAAAAGGAAAAAGAGGAGGACAGCGUGUUUGAUGAGUCCGAUGUUCAUGACACACCCACGGGUGCCGCUAACAAGGAGUCACAGACCUUCUUUGCCCGUCUGAAGAGGAUUGGUGGCAGCAAGUCUGUGAAGUACCAGCCUGUCGAGCUCAAUGCAAAGAAAAGUGAAAUUGAGCUGUCGGAAUAUCGGGAAGCCAGCGCCCUCCAGGACAGCAUCCUGCACUGUGUUAGAGAGGAGAGCACCAGGAAGAAGCGCCUGCAGGCCAUGAACAAGCAGAAGUCUCUCGACAUUUCCAACACUGACUCCAUCCUCUUUAAUUUGGACGAACAUCGACGCAAAUCCUGCAUCGACCGCUGCGACUUGCAGGCACCCCCUGUGGUCUUGCCCCCAUCCGCCGCCGCUCACAGCAGACGACACGGCAAAGGAUCUUCCGAUGGCUCCUCGGUUCGAGUGGAAGGUGGCAAUGCUGUGGACCGACGGGGCUCUCGAGGCGGACAGUCUGACAGCUCCAAGCCUGUUAUACCAGAGGUCCGCCUCAGCUGCAUGGAGACCUUUGAGGACAGGCUGGAUCAGGAUUCUGCUGGGGAGUCCGCUGCAGGGAAGGAGGACACAGACCUCAUUGACCUCUCCUCCGACUGCACCUCCAUUCCGGAAAAACACUCGCUGCUCUCCAUGUCUGACACCGACUCUUUAGUCUUUGAAUCCUUGCCUCCGCUUCGGAUUGUUGAGAGCGAUGAGGACUUUGACCUCAACACCUUGAUAGGCACAAAGUUCAGUGGAAGUCCAAAAGUUGUGGCCUCCCCUGCAAGUAGCAACACCUUGCGGCUGUCCCCCGUGGUGCAGGUGAGUGUCGAGGACUGCUCCAGUCACAAAAAGAUUCCAGACCUUCUGACAGGAGAACAAGGCUCUGAGGAGUUGCUUUUGGAGAAGAAGUUGACGCCCUCCAGCUCCUUGGAGCUGCCUGAGCGACUGGAAAACAUCUGCCAUGAGAGCCCCAUCAUGACCCUGAAGCAGAAGAGAGACUUGCUGAGGAAGACCCCACAUGUGCCUGACACCUCAUUGGACGACAAUUACGGAAUGUCUGAGGAGGCGAAGGGCUCCAGUCCCUCCGGCAGGACAAUCUUCUUAGACAUCCCAGAAGACAACUUCGAACCUCUAUCCUCCCCAGAGAAAAGCAAUGACGAGGAAGAGUACGGUGAUGACGAGGAAGACGAUGACAUGGGCGAUGAAGCGGACAGCGACCUGAAACAUCACGAUGGCGAUGAAAACGAUGAGGCAGAGUUUAAGAUCCAAAUCGUUCCUCGACAGCGGAAACAAAGGAAAAUAGCUGUGAGCGCCAUCCAGAGGGAGUACCUGGACAUCUCAUUCAACACGUUUGAUAAAGUUGGCAGCGAGCAGAUCACAGACCCUGAUAACAAAGCUCUGUCUACUUUGGAAAAGCCGCGGGAAUCUUCCUCGGCUCCGACGCUUGAAGCCGCAAUGCCCGAAACAAGCCACCGCUCUUCAGUUUCCGCUCAGUACCGUCAAGUGAAGCGAGGCUCCCUGGGGGCGCUGACCAUGAGCCAGCUGAUGAAGCGGCAGCUGGAGCAUCAAUCCAGCGCACCGCAUAACAUCAGCACCUGGGACACAGGUCCAACAAAGACCAGUCUGCUCUCUGCACCGAGCACAGUCAGCAUGUUUGUUCCUGCACCCGAGGAGUUCAUUGAUGAGCAGCCGACCUUAAUGUCUGACAGGUGUCGCGACUGCGCGGCGGUCCUGGAGGAAUAUGACGAGGAGACUCUUGGCCUGGCGGUGGUGGUUCUUUCCAUGUUCAUCCACCUCAGCCCUGAUUUGGCUGCUCCUAUGCUUCUGGACAUCAUGCAGUCUGUGGGCAGGUUGGCUUCCAGCGCAAAUUUUUCCGGACAAGCAGAGAGUAUGUUGAUCCCAGGGAAUGUUGCAGGUGUGGCUAAGCAGUUCCUCCGCUGCAUGUUCCACCAGCUGGCUCCUAAUGGCAUCUUGCCACAGCUCUUCCAAAGCAACAUUAAAGAUGGAAGUUUCCUACGGACGCUUGCCUUGUCGCUGAUAGAUUUCAAUGAGUUGAGUUCUGUUGCCGCCCUCAACAUGCUGCUGGAGGGCCUGAACAACAAAAAGAGUCUCCCAGCAGGUGGCACCAUGCUGCACUGCCUGGACAACAUCGCCACCUUCAUGGAGGCACUCCCCAUGGACUCUCCAAGCAACCUGUGGACCACCAUCUGCAACCAGUUCCAGGCCUUCCUUACUAAACUGCCCUUUGUGCUCCCUCUGAAGUGCCCCAUGGAUUCCAGUCUGAGGAUUAUAAUUUGCCUACUGAAAAUUCCAACCACAAAUGCAACUCGAAGUCUCCUGGAGCCUUUCUCCAAGCUGCUGAGCUUUGUCAUCCAGUAUGGCAUCUUCAGCCUCUCCUACUUGGUGGAGCUGUGUGGAUUGUGUUACAAAGCUUUUAACAAGGAGCGAGAUAAGUUCUACAUGUCGCGCAUUGUGGUGCUGGAGCUUCUUCAGGCUCUCAAGUUCAAAUCCUCGCUGCCUGACACUAACCUGCUACUGCUGGUCCAGUUUAUUUGUGCAGAUAUUGGCACACGGCUUGCAGAAUCCACCAUCAUCCAAAAGCACAUGAUCUCAACAUUCCCUGGGUGCACAACGGCAGCAAUGGAAUGCAUGAGACAAUACACAAGUGAACUUCUGGACUUCAUUGCAGACAUGCACACGCUCACCAAGCUCAAAAGCCAUAUGAAGGCUUGCUGCCAGCCGCUGCACGAGGACACUUUCGGGGGCAACCUUAAAGUGGGCUUGGCGCAGGUGGCUGCCAUGGAGAUCAGCAAAGGCAAUCACCGGGACAACAAAUCUGUGGUCCGCUAUCUUCCUUGGCUUUACCAUCCUCCCUCCACCAUGCAACAAGGGCCAAAGGAAUUCAUCGAGUGUGUUUCGCACGUGCGUCAGUUGUCUUGGCUUCUUCUGGGCUCCCUCACACACUGCGCCCUGCAUCAGGGCUCCACUUCCUGUAUGCCCAUCCCUCUCGACACUGGCUCCCACAUCGCUGAUCAUCUUAUUGUCAUUCUUAUUGGCUUCCCUGAGCAGUCUAAGACAUCCGUGCUGCACAUGUGCUCUUUAUUCCACGCCUUUAUGUUUGCCCAGUUAUGGACCAUAUACUGUGAGCAGGCAGCUGCCACUCCAUCCUUGCAGAACCAAAACCAGACUGAGUUCUCUUCUGGUGCCAUUCUCACAGGACUGGAGUUCUGGAGUCGUGUGACACCAAGCAUCCUGCAGCUCAUGGCGCACAAUAAGGUGAUGGUAGAGAUGGUGUGUCUUCAUGUGAUUAGUCUGAUGGAAGCCCUGCAGGAGUGCAAUUCAACCAUCUUUGUCAAGCUUAUUCCAAUGUGGCUUCCCAUGAUUCAGUCCAAUCUUAAGCACCUGUCGGCCGGGCUGCAGCUGCGUCUCCAGGCCAUCCAGAACCGUGUGAACCAUCAGCGUCUACAAGGUCAGACGCCCGAAGCGCCGCCGUUCGCGCUGCGCAAAUGGCUGCAGUGCACUCAGUUCAAGAUGGCUCAGGUGGAGAUCCAGUCGUCUGAGGCCGCCUCACAGUUCUACCCAAUGUGACCUGCAUGUAGGUCCUGACCAAAAAGGAGUCUCAGAGAACUUUUAGUAUAAAGUGUACAGUAGAUACAUGAUAUUUUAACGUACUGCUUACUUGUGUUGUGGUCUGAAAGCAUCUACUCUUUUUCAAAGGCUCCAACUGGACAAUAAAAGUUGGGUUAUUUCUAAGA